CACUACACUCGCUUUAAUCUCGGAAUACUAAUACUUUCGCUUUGACUUCGGUCUUCACAUUCGCUUAAUAAUGCGCCUUCAGAAGAAAAGUCGCGCUAUCGAUGAAGAGCAGGGUAUAGACUCAAUCGCUUUACCCAGGUUCUCGUUUGAGAGCGAAGACCAGGAUCGGAGACCGCUUGUUAGCACAGAGCGGCUUUUCGAGAGACUGUCCGCUAUUGGUACGGGGUAUCGCUCCGAUAUCCACUCGUUGCACGAUGAGCACGACGGCGACAUUGAGGAGAUAGUGGUGACUUGGGACAGCCCAGACGAUCCAUCGAACCCACUGAACUGGUCAUGGAAGCGCAAGUGGGUCGUAACGAUUCUAGUUUCUAUGUUCACUUUCAUUUCGCCGUUCUCGUCGACCAUGGUCACGCCAGCGCUGCCUGAUAUAUCGGAUGACUUUGAUAUACCGGAGGGCUUCAUGCAGCAGCUUGUCAUGUCCAUUUUCCUACUUGGCUACGCCCAAGGGCCUUUCGUAUUGGCACCUUUGUCGGAGAUCUACGGCCGAGUAACGGUGCUGCAGUAUGCGAAUCUAAUUUACCUUGCUUUUAAUACUGCGUGUGGGUUCGCGCAGAACCGUACGCAGAUGCUUCUAUUCCGCUUCCUGAGUGGAAUUGGUGGAUCGGCUCCACAGGCGCUCUGUAACGGCGUCCUAGCAGACACCUGGUCGAAAGAGGAACGUGGCAAAGGGCAAGCCAUCUACGGCAUGUUGACCUUCAUCGGCCCGUGCGUCGCACCCAUCUGCGGCGCAUACAUUUCCACCAACACUACCUGGCGCUGGAUCUUCUGGUCGACCUCCAUCUUCGACGUCUUGGUCCAAGUUCUAGCGUUAUUCUUCCUCUCCGAAACGUUCGCGCCCACAAUUCUAGCCCGCAAAGCGAAGGCGAUCCGAAGAGACAUCGCAAGGCGCGGCUGCAGGAACAGCGGGGUGGUGGUACGGACGGAAUACGACACCUGCGAUCGGUUUAGCAAGAUCUUGCGGAAACGACUGAUCUUGCCGUUCAUCAUGAUGUUCACGCAUCCCGCGGUCCAAGCACCCUCCAUCUACCGAGCGUUCUUGUACGGCGUCAUGUACCUCGUUCUCUCGACCUUCCCGCUCGUCUUCGAAGAAGUGUAUGACCAGGACACCGGCAUCGCUUCUUUGAACUAUCUCUCGCUCUGUCUGGGUUUCAUGAUCGGGCUCCAGAUAAGCCACCCGCUGAUGGACAAGCUUUACGCCCGCCUCAAAGCCUACUACCGCACUGACGAAGGCCUUCCAGAAUGGCGCGUCCCGCCCAUGCUCAUCGGCGGCCUCCUCUGCCCCCUCGGCCUUUUCAUCUACGGUUGGACCGCACACUACCACCUCCACUGGGUCCUCCCAAACCUGGGCUGCGUCCUCCUCGCCAUCGGUCUCAUAAUAGCGUUCCAAUGCUCCCAAGCGUACACCGUCGAUGCGUAUUCGGCGACGUACGCGGCGAGCGCGGCGGCUGUGGGAGCCUUCCUGCGAACGAUGUGCGGGUUUAGCUUUCCGCUGUUUGCGCCGAGACUGUAUGAGGCUUUGGGGUUGGGAUGGGGUAAUAGUCUCCUUGCUUUCUUGACUUUGUUGUUAGCGGGAGUGAGUCCGGUUUUGCUUUGGGUUUAUGGGGCGGAAUUGCGGGCGAUGAGUACGAGGGGGCUUGAGAAGUAGGGUGCUGCUACGUAUUGACCUGACCUGGCUGGACUGCUUUGAAGAUUAUAUCUUGUCGGUCUCUUUCCCAGAGACGUCACAGUUCACAAAGACUAAGUUCGGGGUUUCAAUAGCCUUAUGCCUUUCCGUCCUAGUCUCAUAGCAACUGGGGGCCAGGGUGAGCCGCAUAGGGUCACCUAGUGCUCCGUUCAUCAG